AUGACGAACAAACCAAACGAUUGUGUUCAGGUUAAUCUACGAAUCACCACAAACAGUAAUCAAGGUGGUCGAAAGUACAUGGAGGAUACAUAUGCAAUUGCACUUCAACGUUUAAAUCAAUCGGAUAAAGAAAGUCCAAUCUCUCUUGCUUAUUUUGGUAUAUUUGACGGUCAUGGAGGAAAAGAAGCAGCUGAAUUUGCUCGGCAAAAUUUAUGUCAACAUAUUCUCGAGCAAGUGGAAUUUUGGCCAGAAAGUGCGGAUGAAAACGAAAAUGAUCAAGUGAUUCUUUCAGCCAUACGCAAAGGUUUUCUUGCUUGUCAUCAAGACAUGUGGAAUCAUGUUGAAAAAUGGCCGAAAACAUCUUCAGGCUUACCAAGCACAUCUGGUUGUACAGCAAGUGUUUGUUUUGUUCGUGGGAAUAAGUUAUAUAUUGGUCAUGUUGGUGAUUCUGCGAUUGUGCUAGGUGAAGGUGAAACAUUGUAUAAAACUUGGACAGCAAAUCGUUUGACACGUGAUCAUAAACCCGAAGAUCCAUCAGAAUUGAAACGUAUUCAUGAAAGUGGAGGGAAUGUUCUUUGUAAAGCUGGUGUUCACCGUGUUGUUUGGAAUCGACAGAAAUCUACAACAUCAAUGUCGUCACACACGUAUCGUCAUCGACAUCAACAUUCAGUAGUGACGACAACAACAACAACUUCGAAUGGAACGACGAUUGAAUAUGAACAAAUUCCGUUUCUUGCUGUUUCGAGAGCUCUCGGAGAUUUAUGGAGUUUGAAUGCGCAUACGAAUUUAUAUUCAGUGUCACCUGAACCUGAACUAGCGGUGAUUGAAAUCGAUUCAAACAAACAUCGAUGUAUUAUCUUAGCAAGUGAUGGACUUUGGAACAUGAUUACACCGGAAGCAGCAGUAGAAACUGUGAGAAAUUGUGAUGUCAAAACUGAAGAAAUGAUCUUAAAAGCAGAUGAUGAUGAUCAUCGACCAUUUCGUAAUCCAUCUCAUGAACUUGUACAAAAAGCGUUAACACUUUGGCGUGACCGAAUGUUACGUUCGGAUAAUAUAACUUGUGUUACUGUUAUGCUCGAUCCACCCGGACCACCAUUCAGUGAUUGUAUUGUGAAAAAGAAGAAAGAAAAACUCAGUUACUCGAUGUCAUCAUCUACAGCAUCGGUGUGUUCAGAUGAUACAGUUGAAUUAGAUGGUUUAUCACCUGCACCUUCAUCAGUAGCAUCAGUAUCAUCGUCAUCGUCGUCAUCGACAGCAAUCACUCCUCAGAAACGAAAACCAGCUUUAGAACGAAACGAACAUAUUUUAACUCCGAUUUCAAAUGGUCCUACACCAGUGCGGACUCCCAAACGACCAGCAUCAGAAGAUGCCGCGACAUUACUUGUUAAUACUCCACGUCGAAAAUUACUUAAAACAAAUCAACAAAAAGAGAAUGGUCGAACAUCAUCAUCGUCAAAUUCGGUUUUAACUGAAUCAGAAGUCACUCCUUCUCUUUCUUCUUCAUCUUAUCUUCAACCAAUUUCAUCUUUAAACACGGAAGAAGAUACCGACGAUGUAGAUGAUGGAGAAGAUUUCGAGUCAAAUACAGAGCCAAUGCUGAAUGAUGACUUAGUUCUGAAGGUUGGAGAAUGUUUACAUGAUCAAAUCUCUGAAGGAUCCUCUUGUCCUCCGGAUCAAACUCAUUCUAUAUCAACAAGUUCACCAGCAAUGACUUCUAGUGAACAACCGUCACUUCCUCCAAAACAUCUUAGUAGGAUAGAAGUACAGAUGGAUAUAUCUGAAAUACGUAUACUUCUCUUAGGUGAUGAUAAUGUCGGUCGAACUUCAUUAAUUUAUUCUCUUGUUAGUGAAGAUGUUGUUCCUUCAUCUUCAACUCAUUCAAAUGAUUCAAUUCGUCCGACAACAGACGACAUAUCAAUCCCACCUGAAGUAACAAGAGCACGUGUUCCAACAGUUAUUAUGGAUUAUUGUGGUCGUCAGCCAAUGACACCUGAUGAAAUCGAUGAUUUGUUAUUACCAAUGGAAUGUCCAUCACCAAAUCCACUUCUUCAACAAUCACGUUCACUUUAUUCAUGUAUUCGUCAAGCACAUGUUAUUUGUCUUGUUUAUGCUUUUGACAGUCGAGAAUCUCGGGAUCGAUUACUGACUGUUUGGCUUCCAUUGAUUGAUCGUAGUGCAACGACAAUUCCAAUAAUUCUUGUUGCGAAUAAAUGUGAUUUAAUCGACGAAAAUCCUCAUGAUAUUAAUGAGGAAAAUCGGGAAUUUUUUCGUCUAAGUAUGUCAAAAUAUUCGCGUAUUGAAGCGUGUAUUGAAACAUCAACAAGAACGAUGAAAAAUAUCUCAGAAUUGUUCUAUUCUGCACAAAAAUGUGUUCUUUAUCCUAUCAACUAUCUCCAAGAACAAAAUAAAUUAACAAAACGUUUUAAACAAUGUCUAAAACGAAUAUUCACAAUUGCUGAUCAAGAUAAUGAUCAAUUAUUAAACGAUCAAGAAUUAACUAUGUUACAAGACUAUUGUUUUGGAAAAAUUCAAACGAAUGAUGAAAAACAAACGAUUGAACAGUUAAAGAAGGAAAUAAAACGACGAACUAUUCAUGGAAUUAAGAUUAUUAGUGAACAUCGAGGUGUAAUUACAAGUGCCUUGACCUAUCAAGGUUUUGAAUGUUUAUUUGAAUUGUAUUUAAACAAAGGCAAAUAUGAAACGAUUUAUACAACAUUGGAAAGAUUUAAUUAUAAUCGAAAAUUGGAAUUGUGUGUGCCAAAUGCUCCUGAAGACUUAGCCGGUGAAUUAUCUCCAUCAGCAAUCGAUUAUUUAACACAUUUGUUCCAUCGAUUUGACAAUGAUAAAGAUUCGUGUUUAACUUUAAAAGAAUUAAAUCAAUUAUUCGAAUCUCUGAUUGAUAUUAUACCUCCAAUGUCAUCUACUUUAUCAAACAUCAAACAUUGUAUUUAUAUUCGUUUAUCUCAAUCAUCUACGAAAUCUCCAUUAAUCACUCUAUCGGCUUUUCUUGCUCAAUGGUUUUUCCUCGCUCAAACUCAACCAUCAUUAACAUUUUCGUAUUUAUUUCAAUUAGGUUACUCAUACGCGAUAUCAAACAUUGAUGAUACACGUUUACCAUGUCGUAUGACAUACAUUUGUCAUGUCUACGGUAUGUCCGAAUCUGGUAAAAGUUCAUUUCUGAAACGUUUUGUUUCACCAACGAUCUAUCAAAUUCAUCAUACUGAAGAUUUAGCGGAGAAAUUAAAUAACAAAGCCAAAGCUUUUCUUUCAUCAGAUUAUCGUUCGACAUCUACAUAUAAACCUGUUAAAAGUUAUGCAAUUGAUUUUGUUCGUGUAUUAAACGAAACAAAAUGCUUAAUUCUCGAAGAACGUCAUUCGAAUGACAUAGAUGAAAAAGUUCUUUUUAAAACAGCCAAUGUCAAUUGUUUUCUUAUUGAUCGUACUCAUCCACGUGCAUUUUCAAAUGCAGCAACCAGUUUUCUUCAACAACAUGAUUAUCCUCGUUUACCCUCGUUAUUUAUCUUAAGCAAAGCUGAUCAACCAUCUGUUAAACAAGAUUAUCCUUUACCCAUCGAAUUCUUUUGUCGUCAACAUAAAAUUCCUUUACCAAUCGAUUAUUCAGCCAUUACAGCUGUAUCAAUUUACACGAAUCCUAAAGAUAAUAAUCAACAAUUAACAACUAAUACUGAACAUAUGUCACAAUCUUGGUUUACAAGUUUACUAUUUCGUUCGCAAAACAAUUCUACACGAAGUUUAGAACCAUAUUCACCUCGAGGUGAACAAUCACGUCAUCAAGAUGAUAUUUAUGUUCGACUUGGAUAUCUAUGUGUUUAUCCGAAAUUGAAUUACUUUGCAAAUUCGAACAACGACUUUUAUAAUACAGAUGCUCUGUUAAAAUAUUCAUUAUACGCAAGUGUUGUUACUUUAGGACUUGUCACCGUGGCACGAAUGUUUCGAUAG